AUGGGCAUGAAACACUCCUCCCGCUGCCUGCUCCUAAGGAGGAAAAUGGCGGAGAACGCGGCCGAGAACACCGAGGUGAGCAGCCCACCCUCUCAGCCCCCGCAGCCCGUCAUCCCAGCCAAGCCUGUGCAGUGUGUCCACCAUGUGUCCACUCAGCCCAGCUGCCCGGGACGGGGCAAGAUGUCCAAGCUGCUGAACCCGGAGGAGAUGACCUCGAGGGACUAUUACUUUGACUCCUACGCCCACUUUGGGAUCCAUGAGGAGAUGCUGAAGGACGAGGUGCGGACGCUCACUUACCGGAAUUCCAUGUAUCACAACAAGCACGUGUUCAAGGACAAGGUCGUACUGGACGUGGGGAGCGGCACUGGGAUCCUCUCCAUGUUUGCUGCCAAAGCAGGGGCCAAGAAGGUGUUUGGGAUUGAAUGCUCCAGUAUUUCUGACUACUCAGAGAAGAUCAUUAAGGCCAACCACUUGGACAACAUCAUCACCAUCUUCAAGGGGAAGGUGGAGGAGGUGGAACUGCCCGAGGAGAAGGUGGACAUCAUCAUCAGCGAGUGGAUGGGCUACUGUCUGUUCUAUGAAUCGAUGCUCAACACCGUCAUUUUUGCCAGGGACAAGUGGCUGAAACCUGGAGGGCUUAUGUUUCCAGACCGGGCAGCAUUGUACGUGGUAGCAAUUGAGGACAGACAGUACAAGGACUUCAAAAUCCACUGGUGGGAGAACGUCUAUGGCUUUGACAUGACCUGCAUCCGGGACGUUGCCAUGAAGGAGCCCCUGGUGGACAUCGUGGACCCAAAGCAAGUGGUGACCAAUGCCUGUUUAAUAAAGGAGGUGGACAUCUACACGGUGAAGACGGAGGAGCUGUCCUUCACAUCCGCCUUCUGCCUGCAGAUACAGCGCAAUGACUACGUCCACGCCCUGGUCACCUAUUUCAAUAUCGAAUUUACCAAGUGCCACAAAAAAAUGGGGUUUUCCACAGCCCCUGAUGCCCCCUACACCCACUGGAAGCAGACUGUCUUCUACUUGGAAGACUACCUCACCGUCCGGAGGGGGGAGGAGAUCUACGGGACCAUAUCCAUGAAGCCAAAUGCCAAAAACGUGCGAGACCUCGAUUUCACAGUAGACUUGGAUUUUAAGGGACAGCUGUGCGAAACAUCUGUAUCUAAUUACUACAAAAUGCGUUAG